GUGAGCAGGCAAGUCAAGGGCUGUUAAAAGUAGAAGAGGAAAGGUGGCCUGUGAAGAUACACAGAGAGACAACUAGAGCCGCAGGCCAAGGUGAAGCUUGCUCCUCUGGUGAGCAGGAGGAAGCGCAGUGGGGGGUGCGGCGUGCACCCAGCCCGGGAUUCCUGGGGCAGCGCCAGGUCCCGACCUGAAAGCCAUUGCUCUGCGCUCUGCCAGCCUGGGAUCGGACAGGGUUAAGGCCAUCACCUGCAGUCAAAGUGCGACCCAGAUGGGAAGUAGGAAGUGCGGCGCCGAGCUUCCUGUAUAAAUAAACGCUCUGGCUGCUGCGCCGCAAGCUGCUGGCUGGUUCUGCAAGGUUCCUGCCUGUCAAGACAAGGAGGCGGAGAGGGACUCCUCCUCUUCCCGAGCUGUAGGUCUGGGCGUGGAGUCCUGUGGCAAUCCUGCAAAAGUGUAAAGCUGUCAGCCAGGCGGAGCACUCAAGGAGAGGGGAGAGAAUGAGAGAGCCCUUCCUCCCCGGUGUGCCAGCUGCCCCCGCUGGCCCAGGCUGGACCUGCUAGAGAGACGCCAGCAGCCCGAGGACCUCAGCCCCAGCCAGGGAUAGAGGAGGCUGCCGACAGGCUGAUGGAUUCUGUUGAUGGGCUCCAGUGUCUGACCAUGACUGCGGAAAACCCACCCUCUGGAGACCUGAUCCCCGCUCCGCUCGUCACUUGCAAGCUCUGCCUAUGUGAACAGUCUCUGGACAAGAUGACCAUACUCCAAGAGUGCCAGUGUAUCUUUUGUACACCUUGCCUGAAACAGUAUAUGGUGCUGUCAAUCCGAGAAGGAUGUGGCUCUCCUAUCACUUGUCCUGACAUGGUGUGCCUAAACCACGGGACCCUGCAGGAAACCGAGAUUGCCUGUUUGGUGCCCGUGGAUGAGUUUCAGCUUUAUCAGCGGUUAAAGUUUGAACGAGAGGUCCACAUGGACCCCCUCCGGACAUGGUGUCCUGUCGCAGACUGCCAGACCGUGUGCCAUAUCACAGCAGGAGACCCCGGACAGCCCGUGUCGGUGGAGUGCCCUUCUUGCCACCUGAAAUUCUGCUCAUGUUGCAAGGAUGCUUGGCACGAGGAGUCCUCCUGCCGAGACAGCCAGUCGGUGAUGCCAGAGCAUGGGGCCCUCUUUGGGACGGACGCGGACUCCCCCAUCAAGCAGUGCCCGGUUUGCCGCAUCUACAUUGAGCGCAACGAAGGCUGCGCCCAGAUGAUGUGUAAGAACUGCAAGCACACGUUUUGUUGGUACUGCCUGCAGAACCUGGAUAAUGACAUAUUCCUCAGACACUAUGACAAAGGACCGUGCAGGAAUAAGCUGGGCCACUCGAGAGCAUCGGUAAUGUGGAACCGAACACAGGUCGUGGGGAUCCUUGUGGGAUUAGGUGUCAUUGCCUUGGUGACUUCACCCUUGCUGCUCCUGGCCUCUCCCUGCAUAAUCUGUUGUGUCUGCAAGUCCUGUCGAGGCAAGAAGAAAAAGCACGAUCCGUCCACAACCUAAAGUCACCUGCACAGACAUCCAGGUUGUAUGAGACAGCACAUCGGUAAAAGCCCCAUUUAGCGACCUUGCCUCCUUCUCCUUGCCAAACUUUGGAAGUGCCUCUGUCCAGACUUUGAACCUGCCUGAAAGCACUGGGUGUUGGAAAGGGCCACGUCUCGUCUCGGGUGUGAGUGUGCCUGUGUAUCGAAAAGCAGCCCCGCAGUCCAGACUAGGUCUGUAGAGCAGGUCGGGAACUUCGCUUUAGCCGGGGAGACUAACACAUCACCAUCUUACCGUCCGAAGGAUCCCACCCGGCUGCUCAUCUCCCAUCCGAACCAAGGAGCCCGGAUGACUCUUCAGCGUGGUAAUUAACGGUCACGCCGUGCCAGGCAGCAUUGCCAACUGAGCUAACGUCUACGUCGGUUCCACUGCCAGGAGACACAUGGCAGAAGCCCAGAGUCGGAGGGGAAGGAUGACACCGCAUAAUAAGUUCUCUGAGCAAUGGAGCCAGCCGCUUAUCUCAGGAGUCGCCGUACUGGCUGGCGUACCUAUGCCGGCUACCAUGUGUGCACUUCUUCAGCGUUCCCACGGUGACUUGGCAGAGACAUAAUAGCUCUCUCCCUGUGUGAUCUCAUCUUCAGGCAGGAGAAACUGCUGUUCAGAGGGAGUCGUCCCUUCCCAGGAAAAGGUGGUAACCUGUAAGACAGCAUGGCCUCACUCAGUGUCUGUUGUUUGGCAGAUGCUGGUCUAAGGCUCACCACUCACAGUCAGCCCGCAGCAGCUGUGGUCUAUAAAAGUGUUCUAUACGGGAUGCGAGUGGGAAAGUUUCAAAGGCCCUGCUGUAGACAGCAGGGUCUUUUCUUGGGCUCUGUGGUCAUACUCCCGACAGAUUAGGAGUUGCACCAGACAGUGUACACCAACAGUACACAUUGUAGUUCAUUCACACAUGGAGAAUCCGUGCGACUCCAACUGGGCAUGUGGGAGAUAUCCAACAGAUGACACAAAAUCAGAUUAUUUUAAAAGACCUUGUCCCUUUCUGUGACUAAAAUGAUUCAUCUAUCAGCAUAAGAGGGUUUUGUUUUGUUUUGUUUUGUUUGCUUAGUACACGUGCUAAUUUUUGUUGUAAGUCCCUAACUUACGCAAGAGGGUAGACACAAAAAAAAAAAAAAAAUCUUUUAAAACAACCCCUCAGUGCAGUUUUCUGCCUCUGUAAUGUGAAAUCAGGUUACCUACCUUCAGACACAAUUUAGAGCAGCUCUUUGCUCAGCCUAAUUUAGUCUCGUUCUCCCAGAAGCUAUGAGUACUUUCUGUGUCCUCAAGAAACAGAUAAGAUGGGGCUGGAGGGAUGGCUCAGCGGUUAAGAGCACCGACUGCUCUUCCAGAGGUCCUGAGUUCAAUUCCCAGCACCCACAUGGUGGCUCACAACCAUCUGUAAUGGGAUCUGAUGCCCUCUUCUGGUGUGUCUGAAGCCAGCUACAGUGUACUUACAUAUGAUAAAUAAAUAAAUCUUCAAAAAAAAAAAAAAGAUAAGAUGACAACGAGAAGUCGGAUGGAAAUAGUUUACGGGUCUUCAGUCGCUGAUCUGCGUCACCUCAGUGUGACACAUCCUGCCUCUUACACGAGGAGUCAGCAAAUAGGUUUUGAAAAGACAAACAUAUUUUUCUGUCUAGCAUUAUACAGUUGCCAUUAGCAAAGCAGUCUGGUGCUUCCUAAGAACUGUGUGUGUUCCGUGUUAACAGAGACCUCUCCUGGAAGCCGUCCAGGGAGAGUAUUCAGGGCCUAUUCUGUUUUCCCAAGGUAACUGGGUGACGAGAUGGUUAAACUGCUGCUAUCCGAGAUCCGUUAUCAAAGACUGACGCCUGGCCUCUGCAAUGGGAUGUGUCCUAAGUGGGGAUGUAUGUAUUCAAGGGAUCACGUGUGUAUAUUAGCAUCUGACGUAUGUACAGAACAUUCCCUGGCCGUGUACUUUUUUUUAUUCACAGUUUGUAUAAAACAUAGAACUCUAGAAAACUUCUGAAUGGCAACCAGCCCAAAUCCUUUUAAUCAUUUAUCAGAAAAUGUCUUCAUAUAAAGUGGCUCCGUCUUCCAGUGAAUGUCUUAAGUACAUCAGAAAAACAAAAACAAACAAAAAAGUAACCAACCCUCUAAGGGUAUUUCAUAUUAGUCUGAAUGUAAGUUACGUCUGAGUGGCUGACUUGCACACAUAGUCACCUGCCUCCCUUGAGGUGAGGGGCAUUUGCCACAGCUCAGGGGAUUACGGGAACUCAAGGGAAAUUGGAUUUCUCUGCACGGAUGUCAGCAGCGACAGCAAGCACCACCAUCACAAAAUUCUCCAGGUUUGCCUGCCUCUAAGUAGGGCCGAUUUCAUGGAACCUGAAAUGCUGUCACCUCCAAAAAUAAGAGCCGGCGGCGGUGGGUUUGGAGGAGUGCGCUUGGGCGAUUUCCCUGAGAAAAUUGAGGGAAAUUGCCUUCUCAGAGAUUUUUAUAAAAGCAUUCGUCUUGAUUUUAUUUUUCGCCUGGGGAGGGGGGGGGUUGUUUGUCCAACUGAUUUUACAUAACUGGAUUUUUUUUUUUUUAAUGUUGCAAAGUGCCUGAAUAAUGGUGUCUUUUUCCUCAAAAUGUAUCAGAGACUUUGGUAGACGGAACCCAAGCGUUUGUAGCUCUGGCUCGCCCCGGGGGCGGCACAAUGCCAGCCCAACUGAUUUUGUUUACAAAGAAGCCCCGGUGGUAACUGUGAGGGGGAAGGGCUGGUGUUCUCCCUUUGGGUAAUUAGCCUCUGAAGGCUUUACUUCCUCUGCCCCUCAGCUUCCUCCUCCUGCCUCAGGAAGAUUCCCAUAACAAGCGUUUGGCUAGAACAAAACUUUUGCAGUCCAUUGGAAUGAAGUAGAUUUAGAAGCCCACCAGGUUCACAUCUGGGUGUAACGACCCACCCUCCAGAGAUCUCACUGGUGGCCAUGGUACAGCACCCAGAGCCUGCAGCCUCUGGGGUUCCCCUCUCAGAAAAUGUCCGAGAAGCGAGGAAGGAGGAAAGCCACAUGGAGGCAAAUGUUAGAGUCUUAGCCGUCCUGUUUGUUCUCGCUGUGGGUAUUUGUUCUGGACUCGAAAUCUGUACUUUGAAAGUGGCCUUUGGAAAGCAAAUAAUCCAGCAUGGAUUUUCUUGUAGUCUGCAUCACAAAAUAAUCCAAGUGGAAAAUUCUCAUUGAUUUUUUUUUUUUUUUUUUGGAUGUACAAAACUGUUUCUUGGAACGCCAAAUUUCCUCUUUAAAAUUACUCAGUAACUAAGUGUGUGACUGCUUUCGCCUCCUGCACCCACUGCUCCUAAAGAACGUAUAUCUCUCUGUCCAUGAAUAGAGGCCUUUAUGUACGUGAACAUGUGGCCGUGAGAACCACAGAAAUGCCUUAGAUGAAUGACAUUUUGUAAAGCUGUCGGAAUUGAUAUCUACAGGCUAUUCACAUCUCCUGUUAGUUCGUGAUCCAGGAAGUUUUGGUCAUGUGCUUACUUAAAUUACUGUUGUAUUAUAUGUUUUCGUUUCCCAAUUCUUUGGGAAGAAAAUUAACUGUUUUAGUCUCUUUAGCCCCAAUAAAUGUGAGCAGAAAACCAA